UUUAUUUGCUUUAGUCAUUCCGGUCAUAUGUAUGCUGUAUGAGUCAAGUUCGCGUGGGUUCCGUGUAGCCCAUUUUUGACUGCUGUUAAUCAGCCCAGCCAGUAUAUGUCAACAUUCAUCUGAACGCAAAAGGGAGUUGCGGCUGACGCUCAUACUACCAGUUGUGAUCACGAGUUUAGUGCAGUGAAAAUUAUAAAAGAAAAUUAAUCUCACCUAUGCAAUUAAGUGUGCUUUCGAGAUAGUGAGAGACACAAUUGCACGAUACGGCGAGCUGUGACAACACGAAAAGCACCGAAAUGUCGGAAUCUCGCAAGCUUGGAAGCUUAUUACAAGAGAUGCAAUGGGAUCUCAAAUGCCGACAAGGAUGCAGUUUCUACGGCAAUCCGGAAUGGGACGGUUACUGCUCCAAGUGCUUCAAGGAACGUCGUGCGCAACAGCAACCUGAUGCACAGUUAGCGUGCCAUACAGCCACAGAAAGUACGCCACUAGAGACUGCGCGAUGCCGAACACCAAGUCCGCACAGCUUCACAUCUAGGAGGCUAUCCCGUAGUGCCAGUGAAUCUCCCGAGGCACCAGCAAUGGCUCCUUUCUCACGCUUUGCUGAAAAGAAGCGCCAACAUGCAGAGAAGCGUGCCAAGACAUUUAAAAAUAUUAUCCGGAGGACAAACACAUUAAAAGAGAGUUCAAGCAGUAAAGAGGUACAGCUCAGCAGUCUGGAGAGCAACCCAGCUGCGAAGGAGCUCAAGGAUUUCCUACGGGGACUCAAGGAUACUGCAGCAUAUGAUCUCAUCAAGCAGGUAAAGGCAAUCGUGGAAAAGGUGCAGAAAGUGACACGAACCCUGGACGAUCUCUCUGACAUGGUGCAGGACUUUUAUCAGAACAUGCACGAUCGCUUCGAACGCAACUCUCACUACCAAGAACUAGAACCAGAACAAGUGGAGCAGCUUAUGGACUUGAUGGAGAACUACCUUAUGAGCCUCCUGCACAAGAUGGUAUUCGAGUUUAUUUCCACGGCAGAUGAGGAGAAGGAUCUGGCCAUACAGAAACGCAUACGUUCUCUCAGUUGGGUGGCUGCGCGUCACUUGGAACUCGACUUGGAUGACCAGCACCCGCCAGUGCGCGACAUCAUCGAUCGUGCCAUUACAGACAUUAUCGAGAUGGAUUCCAGGCAGAGCCCGAGGGACAAACUCGAGUGUGUGGUGCGUUGCAGUAAGCAGCUGUUUGCAGCUCUGCAGCAGGGCAGGGGCCCACAAGGUGCUCCAGCAUCGGCGGACGAGUUCUUGCCUGCCCUGGUGUACGUGGUGCUGCGAGCCAACCCACCAUUGCUGCACUCGAAUAUAAAAUAUGUCACCCGCUUCAGUGCCCCUCAAAGGCUGAUGAGCGGCGAGGCUGGCUAUUAUUUCACAAACCUGUGUUGCGCAGUUGCAUUCAUCGAGAACCUGACGGCGGAGUCGUUGAAUCUACCAGUCGACGAGUUCGAGAGGUACGUGUCUGGAGAGAGCGUGCCCCCAGGAAGAAGCUACAGUCGGGGGGCCAGCGAGGCGCUGCGUCUCAUGUACACCAACUUGGCUGUCCUCGGGGACUUGAGGCAACGACAGCAACGUGUUGCAACCGACACCUCUGUCUUGCGACAACAGAUUCAGGGUUUCAGGGAAGCUGUAUCGCGGGAAGUGGAACAGAUACUAUCACGCUCACCGCUGGUCCUGCAACCGUACAAGGUUCCCGCCGAUCUAGACCUGCGCUUUGUGCCGGCCUUCUUGCGUGACAGUGUCGUCUACGAAGAGCGUCCUCCAGAGCUGUUGCUCGAGCUUGGGCCCGACGGGGAGAACCAGCUUCCCUCUGAAGGUGGAACAGCGGAGGAAGAUACGGGCGCAAGUGCUCUGACCGACCCAGAAGCAUUUGCAUCGACGGAUCCGCAGCUUUGUGCCUCCCUCCCUCCACCACUGCAGCCCACUGUAGUGGGAGACGAAUUAAGUGGGACCUGAGAAGUGACCUAUGCAAGGUCAAUAUUGGGCUCUCUUGUUUAUGCAUACUUCCAUGUACAGGGGGGUGAGAAAAAUUUUUGUGUCUUAUUGAGUGCGUACACAUCUAGUUGAUUGCACGUUACUCGCGUUGGUGCCCUAUCCCGAUAUACCAAAGACAGGCAUAAUCUUUUAUUAAGAACGCAAGUGAACAGGGGCUUGUUUCGAGUAGUGCUCGCAGUGUUUUAGCCGCAUCAGCUUACGCCAUGGUUUUUGUGAAGUGAUGUGAUGACAUAUAGCGAAGAACAUCUCUCCAAUAUAAAACAAUCGAUAUAUUUUUUUGUGAGAAAAUUUAGCUGAAUUGCAACCUGUGUGAUGCUCUUCCGACAAUAUCAUACACGUAUAUAGAAAUAAUGAUGACUAAUAUAAUAGCCUCGUAGUGUUGUCCAUGUGGAUCAGUGUCACAGCUUAAGUUUUUUUUUGGCAAAGGUUCUACAAAUUCGAGGAUAAACCAAAAGCCAGGAGUCAUGUUACCUACUUGUAAAUUGUGCAUGCUCGACAUAGCACAACCGACAUGAUUCAAAACUGGACAUCUUCAUGUCUGCGCAUGCAGUACAUGAAGUACCCUUGUCAUAAAGCAUAUCAAGCCAUUGCAUGUUGUCAGUGUGGAAUGGUUACCAUAAGCACAUUCCGUCACCAAACAGAAAGGCCUUUGUUCCCCAAACUCUAGUCCUGCCUAUACAUUCCAUGUGUCUAUGGGAAGCCACUGCAAAGCUCAAUGAGUGAAAUAAAUUGCUAUCCAAUUACA